AUGGAAAAAAAUCAAAAUGAUAAAAGUAACACAAAUGAUAUAAACCAUAUGAAUGAAAAAAGUGGAAAUUAUGAUAAAAAUAAUAUAAAUAAUUCCAUUGAUAAAAAUGAUGAGCAUGUUAUGAGUGACGUAUUACAUAAAAUAAAUAAUAAGAGAGAAAUAAAAUCUUACAGUGAGUGCUUAGAAUUAUUAUAUAAAACACAUGCCCUAAAAUUAGGACUUGAUAACCCCAAAAAAUUGAAUGAAUCUUUUGGUCACCCUUGUGAUAAAUAUAAAACUAUUCAUGUUGCAGGGACAAAUGGGAAAGGGUCUGUAUGUUAUAAAAUAUAUACAUGUCUUAAAUUAAAAAAAUAUAAGGUGGGUCUUUUUUCAUCACCUCAUAUAUUUUCUUUGAGAGAAAGAAUAAUAGUAAACGAUGAACCUAUAAGUGAAAAAGAGUUAAUACAUUUAGUAAACGAAGUAUUAAAUAAAGCAAAAAAAUUAUAUAUAAAUCCAUCUUUUUUUGAAAUUAUUACGUUGGUUGCAUUUUUACACUUUUUAAAUAAAAGGGUAGAUUAUGCUAUAAUAGAAACAGGAAUUGGAGGGCGCUUAGAUGCAACGAAUAUAUUAACCAAACCAGAAGUUAUUGUAAUUACUUCGAUAGGAUAUGAUCAUUUAAAUAUAUUAGGUGAUAAUUUGCCUAUUAUAUGUAAUGAAAAAAUUGGAAUUUUUAAAAAGGAUUCUAAUGUUGUAAUAGGACCAUCAGUAGCUAUAUAUAAAAAUGUCUUUGAUAAGGCAAAAGAAUUAAAUUGUACUAUACAUACAGUAGUGCCUGAACCAAGAGGAGAAAGAUAUAAUGAAGAAAAUUCAAGAAUAGCAUUGCGCGCCUUAGAAAUAUUAAAUAUAAAUAUAGAUUACUUUUUAAAAUCUAUUAUACCAAUUAAACCACCUUUAAGAAUACAAUAUUUAGCUACUGAGCAGAUACAAUAUAUAAAGAAAAUGUUCUCACCAGAUAAUUUAGAACACAAUGAACAAUAUCCUCGUGCUGUUAUUUUAGAUGUAGGUCACAAUGAAACUGCAAUAGAUAGAUUGUGUACUGAUAUUAAUUAUUUUCAUAAGGGACAAAAUAUAAGGGUAUGUAUAUCUAUAACAAAGCCGAGAAACUUGAGUGUAUUCCAUCCGUUCAUAGCUCAAUUUGGCGACACCUUAAAG